UGUCAUGGCGGCCCCCGUGGCCCGGGGCGGUGUCAGUGCUGGGUUCCUGCGAGUGGCCCGGGACGCUUGGUGGAGCAGGCCCGGGGGGUUUUCGGGGUCCGGGGAGGCGUCGGCGACCAGCAGGAGGUUCCGGGUGACAGGCUUGCGCCCGGCGGGGGAGGAAUCCAGCGGCCCGGAGCGGCCCGAGGGCGUGGUGAACGUGGUGUUCGUCGACCGCUCAGGCCAACGGAUUCCAGUCAGCGGCAAAGUCGGAGACAGUGUCUUGCACCUCGCCCAGCGCCAUGGGAUAGACCUGGAAGGUGCCUGCGAAGCAUCCCUGGCCUGCUCCACCUGCCACGUCUACGUGAGCGAGGCCCACCUGGCCCUCCUGCCGGAGCCCGACGAGAGGGAGGACGACAUGCUGGACAUGGCCCCCCUCCUGCAGGAGAACUCGAGACUGGGCUGCCAGAUCCUCCUCAGCCCGGAGCUGGAAGGCGCGGAGUUCACGCUGCCCCGGAUCACGCGCAAUUUCUACGUGGACGGCCACGUCCCCAAGCCCCACUGACCCGACGGGGCACCCCCGGGCCUGGCCGGGCCUGCCACACCGCGCCUCCCCUCCGCCUGGCGAAGGGCCCAAGGCCACAGGCGCAUGCCCUCCUCCCUCCAGAGUCGAUUGCACGUGCUCCCUUGGGGUCUGGGACCCCGGAGGACGCCCCACUUUGUAUUGUACGCCCCGUCGGCUGAGCCCGAGAUCUGGGGAGAGGGUGGAACCGAAUUAAA